ACUUAUACAAUUAAGCUGUUUCAUAUAUCCUUGAGUGAUCAUGAAUUCCUCCAUUUAUAUUCUUGUCUUUGUCCAGCUUUGGUUGUUCAGCUUACCAUGCAGAGAGAGUGUGUGCAUCCCAAGUGAGCGUGAGACACUUUUGAAGUUUAAGAAUAAUCUCAUAGAUCCUUCCAAUAGGCUUUGGUCUUGGAAUCAUAAUAAUACCAACUGUUGCCACUGGUAUGGAGUCCUCUGCCACAACGUCACUUCCCAUCUUCUUCAGCUUCACCUCAACUCUUCAGAUUCUCUUUUCAAUGAUGAUUGGGAAGCUUAUCGGAGAUGGAGCUUUGGUGGAGAGAUAAGUCCUUGUUUGGCUGAUUUAAAGCAUUUGAAUUACUUGGACUUGAGCGGCAAUGAAUUCCUUGGAGAAGUACCCUCUCAGAUCGGGAAUCUCUCUAAGCUUCGAUAUCUUGACUUGAGCGCCAAUUUUUUACUUGGAGGAGGUAUGUCAAUUCCUUCUUUCCUCGGGACAAUGACUUCCUUGACUCACCUCGACCUCUCUGGUACUGGAUUCAUGGGGAAGAUUCCAUCUCAGAUUUGGAAUCUCUCCAAUUUGGUGUAUCUUGACCUGACGUAUGCCGCCAAUGGAACAAUUCCAUCUCAGAUUGGGAAUCUCUCCAAUUUGGUGUAUCUUGGCCUUGGAGGUGAUUCUGUUGUCGAACCUCUGUUUGCUGAAAAUGUAGAAUGGGUAUCAAGUAUGUGGAAGCUUGAAUAUCUUCAUUUGAGUUAUGCAAACCUAUCCAAAGCAUUUCAUUGGCUACACACUCUCCAAUCUCUUCCUUCUUUGACCCACCUAUAUUUGUCAAACUGCACACUCCCUCACUAUAAUGAACCAUCCUUGCUCAACUUCUCAUCUCUGCAAACCCUCGAUCUUUCCCGUACUCGUUAUUCCCCUGCCAUUUCUUUUGUCCCCAAGUGGAUAUUCAAAUUGAAGAAACUUGUUUCUCUUCAAUUACAGAGUAAUGAAAUUCAAGGUUCGAUUCCUGGUGGUAUCCGAAACCUCACACUUCUUCAAAAUCUUGACUUGUCUGGAAAUUCAUUCUCAUCUUCUAUACCUGAUUGCUUAUACGGUCUUCAUCGUCUCAAGUCUUUGGACCUAAGUUCCUGCGACUUGCAUGGGACUAUUUCUGAUGCCUUGGGAAAUUUGACUUCUCUUGUUGAACUUUAUUUGUCAAACAAUCAACUUGAAGGAACCAUUCCAACUUCUUUGGGUAAUUUGACUUCUCUUGUUGAACUUCAUUUGUCAUAUAGUCAACUUGAAGGAAACAUUCCAACUUCUUUGGGUAAUCUCUGCAACUUAAGGGUGAUAGAUUUAUCAUAUCUCAAACUCAACCAACAGGUUAAUGAACUUUUAGAAAUUCUAGCUCCUUGUAUUUCCCAUGAACUCACCAAUCUUGCAGUUCAGAGUUCACGACUUUCAGGCAAUCUGACAGAUCAUAUUGGGGCAUUUAAAAAUAUUGUGCAGCUAGAUUUUUCCAACAACUUAAUUGGUGGUUCUCUUCCUAGAUCAUUUGGAAAACUUUCAUCAUUAAGAUAUCUCGAUCUCUCUGUGAAUAAAUUCAGUGGAAAUCCAUUUGAAAGUCUUGGAUCACUCUCUAAAUUGUCAUCUCUUUAUAUUGAUGGCAAUCUUUUUCACAGAGUUGUCAAGGAAGAUGAUCUUGCAAAUCUUACAAGCUUGACGAGGUUUGGUGCAUCGGGGAACAAUUUCACUUUAAAAGUGGGUCCCAAUUGGAUUCCCAAUUUUCAACUUACCUAUUUGGAAGUGACAUCAUGGCCGUUAGGUCCCAGCUUUCCAUUGUGGAUUCAGUCACAAAACAAACUUGAAUAUGUUGGACUAUCUAACACGGGGAUUUUCGAUUCUAUUUCCACACAGAUGUGGGAAACACUUUCCAGGAUUUUGUAUUUAAACCUCUCUCAUAAUCAUAUCCAUGGUGAGAUUCAGACUACAUUAAAGAAUCCAAUAUCUAUCCCAACUAUUGAUCUAAGCUCAAAUCACUUGUGUGGUAAAUUACCCUAUCUUUCAAAUGGUGUGCUUCGGUUAGAUCUUUCAAGCAAUUCAUUCUCUGAAUCCAUGAAUGACUUUUUAUGUAACGAUCAGGACAAGCCAAUGCUAUUAGAAUUUCUGAAUCUUGCAUCAAAUAAUUUGUCAGGAGAGAUACCUGAUUGCUGGAUGAAUUGGACAUUUCUUGUGGAUGUAAAUUUACAAAGCAACCAUUUUGUUGGGAACUUGCCCCAAUCCAUGGGUUCCUUGGCAGACCUGCAGUCUUUACAAAUUCGUAACAACACACUCUCAGGAAUAUUUCCAACCAGUUUGAAGAAGAAUAACCAAUUGAUAUCCUUGGACCUUGGGGAAAAUAAUCUUUCAGGAAGUAUUCCAACAUGGGUUGGAGAAAACCUCUCAAAUGUGAAAAUCCUCCGCCUUCGAUCAAACAGAUUUGGCGGCCACAUUCCAAAUGAAAUAUGUCAGAUGAGUCUUCUUCAGGUUUUAGACCUUGCACAAAACAAUCUGUCUGGCAAUAUACCGAGCUGUUUCAGUAACUUGAGUGCCAUGACACUAAAGAACCAAAGUACAGAUCCUCGUAUCUAUUCUCAAGGAAAAUAUGGUACGGCUUACUCUUCGAUGGAAAGUAUUGUUAUUGUGCUACUAUGGCUGAAAGGAAGAGAAGAUGAAUACCGAAACAUUCUGGGUUUGGUAACAAGCAUUGAUCUGUCAAGUAACAAGUUAUUUGGGGAAAUACCAAGAGAAAUCACAUAUCUAAAUGGAUUGAAUUUUUUAAACAUGUCCCACAACCAAUUGAUUGGUCAUAUUCCACAAGGUAUAGGUAAUAUGAGAUCAUUACAGUCCAUUGAUUUUUCGAGGAAUCAACUUUUUGGUGAAAUCCCUCCAAGCAUUGCAAAUUUGAGCUUUCUGAGCAUGCUAGACUUGUCUUACAAUCAUUUGAAGGGAAAUAUUCCAACAGGAACUCAAUUGCAAACCUUUGAUGCCUCCAGCUUCAUCGGCAACAAUCUAUGUGGUCCACCACUGCCCAUAAACUGCAGCUCCAAUGGGAAAACCCAUAGUUAUGAAGGAAGUGAUGGGCAUGGAGUGAAUUGGUUUUUUGUCAGUAUGACAAUUGGAUUUAUUGUGGGAUUCUGGAUAGUGAUUGCUCCUUUGCUGAUUUGUAGAUCAUGGCGGUAUGCCUAUUUUCAUUUCCUUGAUCAUGUGUGGUUCAAACUUCAAUCUUUUCGCUUAGGUAGUAUCACUGUUUAGUGUUGCUUAGAAUACACCGAUGUUUUAUCAUUGUAUUGGCAGGUUGAUCAAUUUGUAGUCAUUGCUGUCUUCUUCUUUUUCUU